AUGAAGCCACGGCGACUCUACAUAGCUGUGAAAGAUUUCACAGGGGAAGCCAGAGCAGGCGGAGACGUCAAGAUAUCCAGGGGUACUUUACUAAGCCAGGAAGAUGCCCGUGGGGUCUCCCCUGAUGGAACAUUUUGGGCCAAGGUCUUGGAUGCAGAAAAGUUGGUCCGGGUACCACCACUGAUGGCCAGAGAACUGAGCGGAGCCCAGUCUGGUUUGCUGGAAGCUGUGACCCACGGAGACGAACGUCUGGCACUCUUUAAGCAGGGGCGGUUGAUGGAUAAACUCAGUGCCCUGGGGAAGGGUGACCGAGUGAGGGUCCAGAUCACCUCUGCUUCUGGGCAGAAAGUUCCAGGCAUUAUCCGAUACCGAGGACCCAUAGACAAGAGCAAGCAAGAUACCAGCAUCAUCUUUGGGGUGGAGCUGGUGGGCUCAGCCGCCGGGAAGGGUUUUACAGAUGGCUCCUUCAAAGGCCAGAAGUUCUUCUCCUGCCGUGAGAACUGUGGCGUCUUUGUACCCAUCAGCCGGAUUGAGCCUGACAAAUCGGUGGAGGGUAGUCCAUCAGCACCUCGAAGAGGAGGCAUCCGGGAGUGUACAAGAGUCCAGCUUACAACAGGAGAUCCCUUGUCGUCCCCAGGGCUAACGGUUGGAGACCGGGUCUUUUUCAAGAUGGAAAGCAGCACCCCUACUGGCAGUGUGGUGUAUUGCAACCAUCUUCCAGGGAAAUUUGAAGCCGGAGUGUUUGUGGGGAUAUUUCUGGAUGAGCCUGUGGGAUCCUGGGAUGGUUACUUCAAAGGCAAACCUCUCUGUCAUUUUCCAUCACCCAAAUAUGGGAUUUUGCUCCCCAUUUUCAAGGUGCAUAAAGAACAAGUUGAUAAAAGUCAAGAGGUCCUGAACAGCAACUCCUCCACCCCUACCUCAGAUGAAUAUGAAGACUGCCCAUCCCCUUCCUCCAUCAGAUAUCCUCCACCAAGGAAGGAGUGUUCAUCCCAGAACUCUCCACCAUCAGCCCCUUCGUCAAAUUUGGAGGACCUCAAGGAAGAAGAAACACAGGUUUUUGAGAGAAAGAAGAAGAAAAGUGAGGCAGAAGAAUCCGAGGAGGACAGGGACAGCAGAGAAUAUGACUACCAUCUCUUAGAAAUCAAUUCCAUGGUGGAGGUUUAUAAUCCACCCAUCUAUGGUGUGAUACGUUGGAUCGGAGACCUACCAGAUGUAGAUGAGACGGUUGCUGGCUUGGAGCUGGAGGAACCACUACCAACUGGCUGUACAGAUGGACAAUACAGAGGGAUCCGCUAUUUCUAUUGCCAAACAAACAAAGCCCUCUUUGUCAAGCUGCGCCACUGCCAUCCUGACUCGCGUUUUGACACCUUGCAGAGUCCCGAAAAUCCUGUUUUGCGAUGCAACUCCCUGGACUUUCGGGUCUAUGCCAGUGUCAAGGUGGAAGAAGACACUCCACCACCGCCAUUGGGCAAUCAAGGUUUGGAACUUCUCUCAGGGUGGAAGAAGGGGAUCCAAGGUCAUUGCAACUCUUGCUACCUCGAUGCUACUUUGUUCUGUAUGUUCUCCUUUACUUCUGUGUUGGAUUCAAUGCUGCUACGCCCAACAGACAAGAACGAUGGGGAAUCUUACACCAAGACACGAGAUCUCUUGAGAACAGAGAUUGUCAACCCUUUGCGAAAGAAUGGUUAUGUGUGUGCCACCAAAAUCAUGGCCUUGCGGAAAGCUUUGGAAACAGCUGGGCACUCCUCUGGCUUCACCAGUGAAGAAAAAGGUUUGGGCCUGUGCAUGUCUGAAUGUGUGUGGGGGGAGGGGUUGCAUAGUAAGGCCCCUUCAUGCCUUAUCCUUCAGAUGCCUCGGAAUGGGAAGAACUUCAAAGCCUUUCGAACCAUCCAACCCAGCCUGGAACUUGACCUCACAGAUCUCCUGGAAGAAACUCCCCGUGAGUGUUCUGUAUGCCAAGGACUGGCUGUGAUGGAGUGUCCAGAUUGCUACCAGGAUCCUAGUUUUGGCAUGAGACACAUCAAGCAGUUCUGCAAGAUUUGCAAUCAGCAGGUUCACAAGCACCGGGCUCGACGGUACCACCAGCCCCGUCCACUGUAUCUGCCUGAGGAGCUUUCCCACUUUGGCUCUUUUCCAGAGACCGUCCCCCGUCAGACAAUGCAACUCUUUGCAGUUCUCUGCAUUGAAACAAGUCAUUAUGUGGGUUUUACCCGCCACGGCCCAGAUGCCCACCAGUGGCUCUUCUUUGAUAGUAUGGCUGACCGUGAGGGUGGAUUGAAUGGCUUUAACAUCCCUCGUGUCACACCCUGUUCCGAGGUAGCGGAUUACUUGGAAAUGUCCCCUGAAGCUCUGCAGGGCUUGAAUCCCAAAUCUUUGCCCUCUUAUGCCCGCCGCUUGCUCUGUGACGCUUACAUGUGCUUCUACCACAGCCCUUCCCUCAGCCUCUACAAAUAAAUGUUUGAAUGAGAGACAGGAGAUUUUAGAAGAGAGAGAAGUUAUGUGACUGCAGGGAUCCCAUGGCAGAUGUGGCUGGGAAAUCUGAGUGUUUAAACCAAAACCUUUGGAAGAAAUAACCUGAGAGAGCACUGAGCAAUUCAGAAACAAGGGCUAUAUAUUGUUACCUAGAACUUUUCAGAUAGACGCAAUAUUGGAAUCGGCUCUUCCUUCAGGACUAAUCUCAGUGAAAUAUUUAAAAACAUUAUAUGUAACAUCCCCUGACCACUCUUCACCAUUCAAAUUUAACGGCAUCCACUUUGAGCAGCUUACCAAAGGAUGUUUGGACGUUG